AUGGUGAUCGACAUACUUCUCCAAAUUGGUAUCAUCCUCGUGAUGGCCUUCAUGUUCCUCGCUAUGCAUGACAUUCCCCAGAGAUUCUUCGCCAAGCUUCGGUUGCGCUUCCGAGCCGAUGUCGAAUCCAAACGCCGCUUCGUAAGAGGCGCUCAGCUUCUCGCUCGAGCGAGAUCUGCGCCGUCGCGCUCCUCGGCGACGUCGUUGGCCGAAGAAGUUGUAGUGGAAGCCGACAAGGCCAUCGCUCUCGAUCCCAAGGAUGCCGCUGCUCACAUCCUCAAGGCUCUGGCUCUCGACAUCCAAGGAUUCAAGACCUCUGCUCUCGAAUCGCUCGAUACGGCUCUGUCGCCGCUCGUCGCAAAGUCGCUCAGCAAUGAGGAGCGAGGAGACGCGUUGUUUAAGCGAGCUGAGUUGAAGAUGUCCACGAAUCGGCGAGCCCUAGUUGACUCGGCUUUAGCAGACUUGACCGAGUCAGUGGCGAUGAGCCGGAAUGCGAAUGCCUAUUGUUGGUUGGGGAAGUGCUACGAGAUCAAGAAACUGAAAGUAGAGGCCAAGAAAGCAUACGAAGAAGCGUUGAACAUCGAGCCACGAUUAUCCAACGCUCGGGAGGCAUUGGAACGCUUAUCAUCGCCGUAA